UCUUAGUCUCAUCCUUCCAGUUCCCUCGAUCAUCUCCCAAAAGACAAUCAUGUGUCCAAGGAAACCCGUGGCUGACGCAAACUCGGCUCCGCAGCCGGCGGCGUUUCCACCUCCACAAGCGUUUCAGGCCUCGCCACCUCCUUCAGUGCCACAAUUUGUUGCUGCUGCUCCUCCUACCCAGAGCCAAGUGCCCACGGGAUGGACCACGGGUCUCUGUGCUUGUUUCGACGAUCCGUCCAACUGCUGCAUCACCUUCUUCUGCCCCUGCGUCACUUUUGGCCAGACCGCGGAGGUCAUUGACAAAGGAAACACUUCCUGCUUCCGUGCGGAAACGACAUGCGCGCUGCUGUUUAACCACUUCGGGCUUUUCUGCUGCUACACAUGCACUUAUCGGACCAAGCUCCCGGGACUCUACUCGUUGCAUGGUGACCAGUGCGGAGACUUCUGCACUCACUGUUGGUGCACCUGCUGCGCCCUUUGCCAGGAGUACCGUGAGCUCAAGAACCGCGGCCUAGAUCCGUCCAUUGGAUGGGCUGGGAACCAGCAAAAGAUGCAACAGCCGAUCCCAGUUGUUCUUCCCCCAGUGGUUCCAAUGGGCAUGAUGCGUAAUUAAGUCCAUCAAAAGCUUCCCGAUCGGCCUUUUCAGCUAGGACAAUCAAGCUUGGAGCUAUCGAUUGUAAUCGAGUUUGCUUAUAUAUUUUUAAUCUUAUUCUGUUUUGAUCAAAUAUUGUGUACCGACUCGUUAAUGGUAUGUGAUGGCAACAGUUUGUAC